AUGGACACCACGUUACCAUUUCAUGAUGUGAUAAGGACCAGGCUAUUGACACGAGGCAGGAUCAGACGCCGUUGCCUACGCACGAAGUAGGUUCUCGAUAGCCACUUCUCUCUUGAACAUGCACGACGAGAAGGCCGAAUCAAAGUCACCGCCCGCUCCGCCAAAGGGAGCUGACACCGUAUCUGACCCACAGGAGAAGCCGAAAGAGGUGUCGUGGGUCAGAAAUAAUAACUUUUACUGGGAGAACAGUACAUUCCUAGUCGAAGAUGAGCUAUUCCGUGCACCAAGAUGCCAGUUUAUCAAGCAUUCAGAGACCUUUAGGGCCAUGUUCACGUUGCCGCAGGCAGAUGCAGACGCUGUCGAAGGCAAUACCGAUAAUAAACCUAUUCACUUAUACGGUGUCACCAAAAUUGACUUCGAACGACUAUUGAACUUCAUGUACCCUCUGGACGUUUUGAUUGCCUUGAAAAGGUCGUUGGAGGAAUGGACGUCGAUCUUUAAGCUCUCCACGAUGUGGGCGAUGGCGGAGAUACGCGACAGUGCAAUCUCACACAUCAUGGAGCGCCAUCUAGAGAUCGAGGCAACAGAGCGGAUUGCGUUGGGAAGAACACACGAUGUCCCAGCAUUGGUGAGGUCCGGACUGGUCACUCUGGUUAAUCAAGACGGAGGGGUGACUGAGCGGCAAGCGAUUCUUCUUGGUUGGGAGAUGGCGCUGCGUAUCCAAUGGGUCCGGGACAAACUGCUUACUUCUCGCUAUGGAUGUUCAUGCACUUUUGACGAGAACGAUAUACGCAAUGCGGUGACGAGCGUUUUCUGUGGGAAGCCAGAGUGGUCGUUUGAGUUGGAGAUUUUUGAGCCGAAUGCUUCUAAAAGCCAGAGAGGCAAGGCUCAAGCUGGCAGAAGAGGGGGAAAGAAAAAGUUUUAGAAUCCAACCUGUAGUGAUAUCUCAGCCUCCUGUACAUCGUUGCAUAACGGGCUGGUGUGUGUGUACAGAAUCUACUCUACUUAUAUACUUUCCAAGCUCUAGUGGCACUAAUAGCCAU